AUGGACAAGCAACAAUCCGAUAAAGCAGCGGCUGCAGCAACAAGCGAAGAAGCAGCAGUCACACCAACAAACAACACCCUGGUUGAGUCGAUAGCGCACGACAAGGAGGUGGAGGUGGAAAUGGCAAGUGAGGAAUGGUGCGUGGUUGACAGCAGCGAAUCGCCGCCGCCAAAACGUGUGCACUUUUCCACAGCGUGCGAUACGCCAAAACGUGGCGGUCGGGGCCACGGCAUUUAUUUUGCCGAUCAACGACGCGUCAUCGCUCAGGGCAGAGGCCGCCAAAUUGAUGUGGCCGGUGUGAGCGCGGACUCAUCAUUGCAACAGUCCAGUCGCAAUAGUGGUCAGCAAGCGGAAGCAUCAUCAUCAUCGUCGUCACUGAUUCUGCUAGACGUGACAAACUCAUCGCAACCGAGGAUCGUGAACGCUACUAAAAUCGACAACGAAGUUGAAAACAUUGACCCGCAGCAAACAAGCUCUUCACAGCGGUAAGACGGCAAAAACCUAUUAUUACUAAUACUAUUACUACUACUAGCAAAAUCAAAAAACUAUGGAUUAUACUAUUGAACGAAGUACUAGCAUAAAUUCGUGUGCAGUUCGCUACAGAUUUGUUUUUAGAAAAUUAUUCAUUGAUGUUGUUCAAACAUUAUUGCAAAUUUUAAAGCCGAAAGUAAUUGAAUUAAUUGUUGAAGAAAGUGAUAAUUUUGACAAAAAUAUUAAAUGGUAUUUUGUUACAACUGUUCAAUUGAAAAAAGUAAAUGUUGAUAGCGGCAGCAGCGAUCAAUCGCAACAAGAAGAAAUCGUUGAAACUAUGACAAACGCAUCGUUUUACAGUUAUACGUCAUUGUUAAUUAAUGUUGAUGAACAAUUAGAUAUUUUGCAAGACCAAUUUAUUAGUGGUGUAGAGAAAAUUGAAUCAACGCUUGAUAAAUUUAUUAGGUACGGCAGUGGUUGGACUGUAGUUAGAAUCAUUUCAUUU